CCUAACGUUAUUCUCCCUCCUAAUAAAAUCAAAAUAGCCGAGACCGCAAUGGAUCCCUUCUCCACAAACCCACAUGGGAUGCGGCGUCAUCACAUUACUUAACGCGUCCUCUCUCUCUCUUUCUCUCUCUCUCAAAAUAUCUUCGGUUUCGAUUCUAUCUUAAGCUAUAACACCCUGCAUUGCAACCUCACUCUUACUAACCUGUAUCUCAAUUCUUAACCCCUAUUUUGACCCAUUCUUUUUCCACCACGAAAUUGCCGCUAUUUAACACCCUCUCUUCGUUGUUAAAUAAACAACCCUUCCAUUCUCUGUCAAAAGCUCUUUUAAGAACAACCAAAACACACAUUCAUUAGAUCAGAUCUCUGCAAAAUUGGCCAAGGACCCUUUUUGGUUGUAUCUCAAAACAACCAUUAAAGGAGUUUCCUUGUUUCUUCAAACAUAUAUCCACAUUCUUGCAGGAUCUGACAUUCGCCAUGGAGGUUGAGACGGAGAAGAAGAAGUACAUAUCAUCCGAUGAACUUUCAAAGCACAACAAGAAAGGAGAUCUAUGGAUCUCAAUUCAGGGUAAGGUUUACAAUGUUUCUGAUUGGGGUAAAGAUCACCCUGGCGGAGAGGUUGUUUUGUUGAAUCUUGCUGGUCAGGAUGUUACCGAUGCGUUUAUUGCAUAUCAUCCUGGUACUGCAUGGAAACAUCUUGAGAAUUUUUUUACUGGAUUUUACCUUGAUGAUUUUAAAGUUUCUGAGGUUUCUAAGGAUUAUAGGAGACUUGUUACCGAGUUUGUCAAACUGGGUUUGUUUGAAAAGAAAGAACAUGUUACUUUGUUCACAUUAACAUCGGUUGCUAUUAUGUUUUCUAUUGUUGUUUAUGGUGUUGUUGGUUGUUCAAGUAUUUGGGCUCAUUUGGGUUCUGGGAUGUUGUUGGGUUUGCUUUGGAUGCAAAGUACUUAUGUGGGUCAUGAUUCCGGUCACUACGAGGUUAUGUCCAGUCGGGGUUAUAAUAAACUAGCACAGAUUAUUUGUGGAAAUUGUUUGACUGGUAUAAGUAUUGCUUGGUGGAAAUGGACUCAUAAUGCUCAUCAUAUUGCUUGUAAUAGUCUUGAUUAUGAUCCUGAUUUGCAGCAUAUCCCGGUUUUCGCUGUCUCCUCCCGAUUAUUCGGGAACAUCAAAUCUUAUUUCUAUGAUAGACAGUUGAAGUUUGAUGCUUUGUCUAGGUUUUUGAUCAGUUAUCAGCAUUGGACUUUUUACCCUGUCUUGUGUUUCGCAAGGCUGAACUUGUAUCUUCAAACGUUUUUGCUAUUGUUUUCCCCCACGCGAAAUGUCCCUGAUAGACUCUAUAAUAUUAUGGGGAUCGCCGUGUUCUGGACUUGGUUUCCUCUUUUAUUGUCAUACCUACCUAGCUGGCCGGAAAGGUUGAUGUUUGUUCUUGCUUGUUUUGUUGUUUGUUCCAUCCAACAUCUUCAAUUCUGUUUGAACCAUUUCGCUGCAAACGUGUACGUCGGUCCUCCAAGCGGAAACGAUUGGUUUGAGAAGCAGACAAGCGGAACAUUGGAUAUCUCAUGUUCAACAUGGAUGGAUUGGUUCUUUGGUGGUUUGCAGUUUCAGCUUGAACAUCAUUUGUUUCCAAGGCUACCCAGGGCUCAAUUGAGGAAGGUUUCACCAUUGGUGAUUGAUCUUUGCAAGAAACAUAAUUUGCCUUAUAGAAGUUUGACAUUUCUUGAUGCAAAUCUUUGGACUCUCAAAACUCUCAGAACUGCUGCACUGCAAGCUAGGGAUUUUACUAAUGCUUCUCCACAGAACUUGUUGUGGGAAGCUUUUAAUACUCAUGGUUGAGCUUGACAAGAGAGAAAGAAGCAUGUGGAUUUUGAGUUGUGCAGAGAAGGUUUAAAGCUUUUCUUUUAUUAUCAUCAAACAUUCAUGUUAUUGUCAUUAUGUUGAAUUAUGUAUUGAGUUCUAUUUCUCUCUUAUAUUAGGCCUGUUUUGUUGUAAUAACUGAUGAUAUGAUCACUGUUUAUGUGUGUUAUAACAUCUGAACAAAAAAAAAAUUCAGGUUAUAUCUUCAUUUA